AUGGCUAGCGAGUUAGUCUUCUACCGCCGGGGUCCGGGUUGCAUCCUCCGGCGAAUUGAUGUGGAGUUUGCAAUUGACAAAGCGAGCCCUCUGCAGCCGCUGGUGUUGCUGGGGGACGCGCCGCUGCCAAUCGAGGGCCAGCUGCCGCUGCCGACUGACGCGCCCCGCUCGCCGCCACCGCAGGUCGCGCAGACCGCCGCCGCCAUGGCCCCGCCGUACGGCAUACAAGACGUGCUGUUGCCGGUGCACGUGAAGAUGGAGCUGUCGCCGCCGCCCUCGGCGUACAGCGACGACUACCACCACCACCACGACCACCCCGAGCGCCCGGAGGCCGAGUCGUCGCCGUCGCCGCCGCCGCCGCAGAUGUUGCGCUCCCGAGACGACGACUCGACAUCGCUGUGCGGGAGCACCAGCGACUCGUCGCAGUUCAUGGGCUUCGACCCCGAGUACCUUCCUCAACCCAUCUACGAGGACAUCAGCGACCCCGAGGACGGCGAGCCGCCCCACCACCGCGGGCCACGAUUCGCGCGCGAAAACGGCGUUGUUUUACAAUUUGCGCCCAACGUGGUGGCGCGGCCGGCAGCCGGGUCCCUCGGGGGAGCGCUCUGCGAGCGGCUGCGCCACCACGACGACGGCGACGACCACCACGACGACGACGCCGCCGGGCACCGCGGGGAAGAAGUGACCUUAGUGAAAUCCGAGCCAGACCUGGACGUGAGCAUUUCAGAUCCGAUCGAGGUGGAGUUGAAGAGGAUGUUUAAUUCUCCCACGCCCCCGCCCCCGCCGCCGCCGCCGGUGCCUUGUUCUUCACCGCUGCCUGCGCUUGCUCGAUGCUCGCCUUCGCCGCCCUCUUCUGCCUCCUCAACUCGCUCUUCGCCCUCCUCGUCUGUUUCUCCUCGGCCUCCGCCUGCUGUGGAAGACGAGUCUUCUUCCAUACUAGUAGAUUCUGGCGGGCCUUUAACUCUUUGCUGUUUAUUAUCUCCUCCCCUUCCUCCUUGCUCUUCUUCCACUCCUUCUCCUCCUCCUCCUUGUCCUUAUACCACCCCUCCUUCACCUUGUCCUUCCACCGAUCGUCCUUAUCCUUCUACCACUCCUCCUUGCUCUUCUACCACACCUCCUCUUUGCCCUUCUACUUCUCCUCCUUGUCCUUCUGCCUCUCCUCCUACCUUACAAACACCAACAUCAUCUGUACAAUAUGAAUCUCCUACACAUACUCCUCAACCAUUACCUCCCUCAAGUUCACCUCCUAUUCAGACUUCUGCUAGAUCUCCUUGUUCCUCUUCUUUGUGUUCACUAUCUCCAGCAGUUAUUACUUCCGUUUUUUCCUCGGUUGUGCAGUCGCCGUCAUUACAUUCUGCAGCAUACCAAAGUCGUCCCACCCCUUCAUCUGCAUCUUCCCCAUCACCACCUCUUCCACCUAUGCGUAGUCCUCACACUCCUCCAUCUUUACCGUCGCCUUCACCUCCUUAUUCACCACCAACCCCUCCUCCUGCUUCUCAGUGUUCAUUAACUUCACAAACAUGUCCGUCCAAACCUGGCCCUUCAGGAGAAAAUUUUUUCCUUAACAAAGAAGACAUUCCAACUGGUGAUUCCUGCACCUGUAAGUCUCUUUCAAUUGAGAAAAGAAGGAAGUCUGCACCUGAACUUAGUAUUCCUCUUCCAGUAAUUCAAUUACGAAGAAAAGAACGUGCAAGUAGCUGGACUUACGCAGACAGUGAUUUUAAUGCUGUUGACAAACGUGUGGUGGAAAGUAAAGUGGGUAAUUAUUUUCAAAGGUUGAAGUUCACCAGGGCAAAUAGUGUUUGGAAAGUUGUUGGUUGUGAAAAUUGUAAUCGUGACACUAAUUGUAAAUCACGAAGUAAACUAAGUGAACCAAGUGAAACGCUAGUAGAUUUAGGGCAAUGUUCCAAAACUAUGCAUGAAGUUGGGUAUCUGAGUGAUGACAACACAGGUGUUUGUCAGGAACAUAACAAAAGUGACUUUGAGACACAAUCUAAGGCUGUGUUAUCAGUUGGUGUUAAAGAUACUCAAAGUGAUAAAGAUACAGCAAAUGUUGAUAUUUCAUAUGAUGAAGAAACUCAGCUGAACAUAUCAGGAGAUAGUAGUCAUGAUAAUAGUGUUACAGAUGGAUGUGUUGUAAAAGACUCUAUAAAUACUUUAACCAAAUCUAUUUCAGAUAUGUGUAACACAAAUGAGACAUGUGAAGUAAUUUCUAGAAGGGAUACAGUUUGUGAUAUUAAUGAAAAAACUAGUAUUGUACAAAACCCUAAAAGGCUUGAUGAAGAUGACAUCAACUCAAGAGACACUUCUUCAUAUUCAGAUUCAAGCAAUAUUCAGAGUAAAGAUUGUGAAUGUGAAGACAUUUCUGAAACAGAAAUCAAAAGUGGUGAAGAAAAUGUCACCGGAGGUGUUGCAGUCAUCCAGGCAAAUGGUGAUAGGAAAAAAGAACUUGAAACAGGUAACCAGGAUUUCAUAAAAGAGAAUAACUGUAAUAAUGAAUAUGAAGAUGAUGAAGAUAAUGAAGGUGAACUGAAAAUUGAUGAAGACAGACUCUCAGGUGAUGAAAAUGAACAAAAAGUUAUAAGGGAAGUUGAAAUCUCUCCCAAGGCAAAAGCAGAAAAUUCUCUAGAACUGUUAAAUUGUAAAUUUCAAAAUUCUAUCAAAAAGAACUUAGAACCAGAAAACAAGAGAACUAUUGAUGUGAUAGAGCUCAGUGAUGAUGAACUUGAAUCUAAUCAAUCACCAAAUGUGAAAAAAGGUGCAGAUUCUAUUACAAAUUCCAUUUCUAGAGUUCAUGUAAUACAGAGUCCAAAAUGUAUAGCAUCUCAUGUGAAGAAGUCUACAGAAUCCUCUGAAGAUAAGAAAAUGAUAUCUGGUAGUGAAUGUACACAAGAUAAGCAGAUAAUGAAAGAUAAGGAAUUAAGUAUCAGGUCAGACAGUGAAACUGGAGAUAGUACAACUUCAGUAUUGGAAGGGGACAGUGCCAAACCUCAUGAGGAAAAUUAUACAAUGUUAAAUGAGAAGACUGAUUCUAUACAGGAAAUAGUUGUUAGUGAAGAAAUUGAAAGUCAGAAAGUUUUGGAGUCUGGCAAUGAACAAAGUGUUGUUACAGAACCAUCUGCUGUCAAGAGGAAGCUUGUGAAAAAUGAUGAUGUUGGAAUUCCACUAAAAAGUAGAAAACUUCGUCCAUCAAGAAGAAACUUUAGACAUGAUAAUAUAAAAAUGUUUAAAGUUAGUAGUGUGAAACCAACCCCACCUCCCUGGAUGUACCGGAGGAAAAGUCUCUCGGCUGAAAAGCAAGAGAAAAGUCUUUCUGCUACAACUCAAUCUUCCGGGGCUUCAGCGGACAAACACAUUGGAAGUGUUAAUGAAGGUUGUGUUGAAAAGGAAAGUUCUGGGAAUGAAGGUUCUAGUGAAACUAGAAACGAGGAAGUUUCAAAAGGGAAGAGAAGACAUUCUCUUGAGCACAGUGAGCUCCUUAAAUUGAAAAAGGUGUGUCGUUCAGCAUCAGAUGCGUCCGACGAAAGUCAACAACCCCAUGGGAAUGAAAUGAGUGUCGAAGAAAAGGAUGAGAAAGAGGAAAAAGAUGAAGGCUUGAAGGAUUCCAAGAGAAAGAAGAGAAAAUCACUAGGAGAACAAUCGGUUGUAGAAGAAGUAUCUAAACAGUUUGUCUCCCAUCAAAUGCAAGAAAAGGGCCGUCGUUUGGCACAAGAGAUUCCAGGUUUCAAUUGGCUUGAGGAAAAAAUACGAAGUGGUGGUGUGCCCAUGAAUAAGCCCCAUGUAAAACGUUCUUCUACUGAAACACAGAGUUCUAGUCUAACGAAAGAGGUCAUCAGUGAUGAAGAUGGUAGCAAAACUAAUGGUCCAAGUGAAUCGUCAGUUCAAGUAACUGGCGGAUCUGAUGAAAACAGUUCAUCAAAAGGGCCUUCUCAAAGUAUUGUAAUUAACACCGGAAGCAUUGCCCCAGUACAGCAAAACAGAGCCCCUGUGAUUGUGUCUACCCGACAGCUCGGUAAUAUUCCUGAACGUAUGGAUCCUUUACUUAAGCAACUUACUAGUGGAGGAGAUUUGGAAAUCACUAUUUCAAGGCAGACAAAUCAGGGGAGUGAAAUGAGUAGCCCCAUGAACGAAAGUGAUGCAAAUGAACCCAGUGCUAUUGUCAUUCCUGCCACUACUGUGUCUACUAAUGGGACCACUGAGACAGUUCCUGUUACCAUCACUUUUCCUACAACUUUCCAAGGUAGUCAGGCAAUAGUUACUUCUUCGACUUCAGUGCCAACAAUUUCACAAACUUCACCGUUUAUUGUAUCUGCGUUGCAAGGAUCAGUGCCAAAUGUAUUAAAUUCUGUAGAUAGUACUCAAAGGUUACGUGUGUUAAGUGUUCCUCAAGAACGUGUACCCCAAACCAAUGGAACAGAAAACAGACUAAACGUUUCUCUAAAUAACAGUGACCUAGAACAGAGACCAGCUGUAGAUAUACAUCCCAAUAUCCAGAUACUUCCUCCAAAUGCUGCACCUUUGUCAAAUGCUGUCUCUGGGAGGCGGUCUCCAAUAGUUGAAGCUGGCCUUCCUGUAGAUCAGGUCCCUCAGAAGGGGGCAAGUCGUGGACAGCGUGGUGGGCGAAGAGGGAGAGGGGGGAGAGGCACCUCAAGACAAACGAAUGCUGCUACAGAGUCUCGAGAGCAGGCUGCAUUAUCAUCACAAUCAUACAAUUUCCCCCCUUAUUCUUCUACACAUAUGAAUGCUGAUAAUUACAAUUUUUCUCAGCCAUCUUCUCAUACUUCUCAAAGUUCUCUACUACAUCCUCAUUAUUUUCAACAAACUGCUUUAAAUGUCGGAUUGCACCCUUCCCACCAUAGUCAUCUGCCCCAUGCUCAGUCUUCUCGGAAUGCACUAGGACCUCUGGUGAAUGAAGUACCUCAACCUCUGCAGCAAACAAAUCAAAUUUUUCGUGAACAACUAGUCUCUCAACCACCAAAGCUUGUACGUUUGCCUCAGCCUCAUACUGCAUCAAAUUCUGCACAGUUGGGCAACUUACACCAACAAAGCCCUUCAAUUCAAUUGACCAGCCAAGUAGUAGAAAACAACGCGAGAGUACAACAAAUGCCGCCAUUAUCUCAACCAGUUAUUUCAUCUCAACAAUCUCGAUACUCUACAUUUUACCCGUCAAUUUCAAGUUUCUCUCGAAUUCCAGAGAGCCAUAAUCACUCACAGUCUCUUCAUUUUCAUCGACCACAAAUCCCUCAUUUACCAUCUAGUUCAGCUCAAGUUGCACAUCCUCAUGUAUCUGAACCUGUUGGUCUACCUGCUUCAACACAAUUACCACCAUUGCUACCUCUUUCUCAAACAGCUUAUCCAGCUUUACCACCACUUCAACCUCAAUUUACCCAGGCUGCGCCUGACAAUCAAGCUGCUGUACGUGAUCCAACAUCGCAUUUGCAAAAUGAAGCUCGACACAAUGAUUAUCUCGCUUCACUUCGUAUGCAGCAAAAUCUUAUGAGGAGAAAUCUGCAUUUGAAUCCUUCUCAUCAGUACAACAGUAUACAUACGACAGAACAACCAUUCCCACCUCCUCUCCUCCUAAUACAACCCCAGUCAAAUGCUCAGCAGAUGUUAGGAAGACAAAUGCUAUCAUCUGGUCCAGAAGAGACUCGAACACAGCCGGCUCCAAAGUCUCCAAACUCUGAUUACUCAGAUUGUUUGGCUACAAUGGCACGCCAUGCUGCUGCAGCUGUUGACACUGGUUUAGGCACAGGUUUACAGCCACCUGUCUAUCAGAAUGAACGAAUUCGUUCCCAGAUACCAGCAACAACAGCGGCGGCACAUCUUCCUACAUCUUCCCAAAGGUUUUGUGAUGUUACUUAUGCAUCAAGGCCUCAACCAGGAAGACCCACAGCACAUCCUGAGAAACAGGGAGGCCAAAAUGCUUCAGCCCUAUGUGAACAAACUUCACGGGUUGGAGGAAUAGACGAAAAUGUCAGUGAUGAAGAUAUUGAAUCUUUGGAGAGGCUUCGACAUAUUACUAAUAAGGAAAUAGAAGAGAUGCCAAAAUGCUUAAAUGAAGUUCAGUUAGCAUUCAAAGAAACUGCUCGAAAUCUUGAAAAGGAAGGUCUUCUUCCAGCUGGAACUAAGGAUAUUGCGCAACAGUCUGCUCCACAUCACAGAGUUACCUUUCAGCAUACUCCUGUAAACGGUGCAACAUUAUCAGCGGCACAGACCUCAAGGUCAAGCACAGUAUCUGCUCAUGCAUCAUCAGUCUUACCUUCUCAUUCCUCUGAUUAUUCUGUGGAGCAGCAGACUCCUAUAUUUCGAGAAAGUAGGACAGCACCAGCAUGUACGAGUUCAAUACGGUCAGACAUAGUUCCUGAUACUGUGGAAGUACCAGUUACAUUGAAAUUGAAACACAGUGUGCCAAGUUCUGACAGAACUGAAAAUAAGACUACUCUGACUGCAGAAGCAGCUGUAACAGAAAAUGUUACAGCUGCAAGUGUAGCCUCAAUAACAGCAAGAACAAGUACGUCUGCAGUUGAUGUAACAUGUCCAGAAACAUUUAUUACAGUAACAGCAGCAGCCCCAGUUAUAGCAGUAGGAACUGCAAUGUCACGACUAACCACUGCUACAGCAGUAGUACCUGGAGGGACAAUUACUGCAUCAUCAGAAAAUAUAAAAGAAUCGAGAAUACCAAUGGCUAAGAAUGCAGUGCUACCACAUGUGGGUCCUUCUACUUCAAGUAGUCUUGAAAACAGGAAUGAACAGAAUACUUCUUUGAUGGUUUUUAAUAGAGAAUUGCCAAAUAGAGAUAUUGCUCAAAUACAAAAUUCUGGAAGAGGUGCUAUACAAAUUCCACAUUCAACAGAAUGUACUGUUGAUGGAUCUGUGGGAGGUGAAGAAUCUGCUGUGCCCAUUUCCAUAUCUAGUGAUUCAAGGAAUGAGAGAUCAACUCUGGUGUCAGUUGGUGACCAAGACACUAGAAGACGACUUUCAAACACUGAGAGGUAUUCAGAUAUUAACGAAUCUCCUCUUGACUUGUCAGUGGGAAGUCAGAGGCCCAAAGAGAUCAAUGAACUAGUGACCAGGCGUCCACAGGUUUCAGACUCUGCAUCUAGUGUUAGUAGCCUUGAAGAACAUAGGAACCUGCCGACAGUGCUAUCAGACCGACAUGUUUGUGCUGCAGAUAUUCAAAACGAUUUUUCACAGCUUAGAAAGCAUUUACUUUCGAAAAACGCUCCCUUAGCUGCUUCAUCUGAAUCAUUCCCAGAAUUAGAGAUUGUGGAGGAAACCUACCCACCUGAUCCAAAACAUCAAGAUUUGAACAGUAUCUCAAACAGAAUUCUUGGUGAAGAUACUCUCUCUACUAAACGUAAUUUUUCUACUGAACCUGCUGUUCCUCUGGGUCCCCAUGCUGUGUGUGUUCUUUGCCGCCGUUCAGCUUUGUUUGUUUGCUCAUUGUGCAAUCAGACUAAGUAUUGCAGCAAAUAUUGUCAGGGCUCCCACUGGAUGUUUCACAAACGUUACUGCACAAGAAUCUGUGUUCAGUAUACCUGGGCUAGUCUCAGAAGUAAUUUCAAAGAAUUUUUUUCUGAUUGUGCACCAAUUAUACCUACGUUCUUUUCAUCUGCAUGGUUGGUGUAUUUUUGUGUGGUGCUGCUGUUGUAUCUUCUAAAAUAUUUACCUCUGGCAAAUAUUAUUUUUAUUUAUUUACAUUUAAAGAAGAAAAAGCACUGUGAAAUGUUUAUUUUUGAGCAAUUUUCUUCUUGUGAAACAUGUUUACUAUUGCUCAAUAUAUUUAUAUACAUAUAUAUCAGGCAAAAUAAAGUGUUUGUAGUACAAAUGUUGCCAUAUUCUUGUAAUAAAUGUUAUGUACAUAAAAAUACUUUUUUGUAUCAUGUUGUGUAA